ACCAAAGACUCAGAGGAAUGGAAGAAGGCUCUGGGGUGAUGGAAGAUAUAGUAUUUCGAGGAGUGGAGUUUUCUGUGAAGAUAGAGGUGGACAAGGGUUUGCUGAUCGUCGAAAUCGCCGACUCCAUGACAGCAGAUCAGUGGAGGGGAGAGUUUGACCCAGCAUACAUUGAAGACCUCACUCGCAAAACUGGCAACUUCAAGCAGUUUCCUAUUUUCUGUAGCAUGUUGGAAUCAGCUGUGAGAAAGACCAGUGAUUCUGUUACACUUGACCUCCUGACCUACGCUGACCUGGAGCUGCUUCGGAACAGAAAAGCAGGAGUGGUCAGUCGUCCUCGCGCCAAUCAGCAGUCGUCGGCUCUCACUGCCAAAAGAUAUUUAAUCCUCAUAUACACUGUGGAGUUUGACAGGAUCCACUACCCGCUACCUCUGCCCUACGUGGGGAAGCCUGACCCAGCUGCCCUGCAGAAGGAGAUCAGAGCUCUCAGGGCUGAGCUCAGUACUCUCACCACUCAUGGAGCGAACAAAGCUGCAGAUCUGGAAAUACAGCGGCUACGAGCAGAGCUGGCUCUGGUGAAGCAAGAGAAGGAGGCCAUGGCAAAGGUUUUGGAGCAACUCCAGAUGAGUGGGAGCGGUGCCACACCUGGACGAGAGGACUGGAGGAUCAGAGACGUGGUGAAGACGCUGGAGGAGCAGCUUGUCAAGGAGAGGGCCAAAAGUCAACGCUCAACCAGCAAGAGAUGCCAGGAGCAGCGACUCCUCAUGGAGCAGCUGGAGGAGCUGAGGUCAUCAGAGUGUGCUCUCCGGGUUCGUGUCAAGAGUCUCACCAAUGAACUGGCGUUACUACGGAGAGGCAGAGUCACUCCUGUGUCUGCUCACAUCAGCUCUCGAGUCGACGGGGAGAUCUAUCGCUCUCUUUCGCGGGAGAGGAGGUCACCCUACGGGACGCUGAGGGCUCGAUCGGGAUCUAGAGAACAGAUGGAGGACCGAGGGCAAAGGUUGAUGGAGAGAGGAAGAAGAGCCGACUCCUCAGGACCUCACCCUCGGAUACCCAGACCGUCACCUUCUCCCACUGGGUCACGGGUGCCUCGCUUUGACCCAACUGCUUACAUCCAGGACAGACAGCGCCGACAGAAGGAGGCAGAAAUCAAAAAACAGAGGAAGGUGCGUCGGGACAUGCUGACGUCGCCCAUCGUCCCUGAGAGAGGCCGCUCACGUUCCAGGGACGCCUAUCCUCAGCUGGCCCGGGCUGGCAGCCGAGGCAGGAGUUUGUCUAUGGAGCGCAGAGGGAGCAGGAACUCCUCUGAAGGCUCUUUAGUAGAUAUGGAUGAAAUGGCCAAAACUCUGUGCAGAGGAAGAAAACUAAUUUACAACGGACCCAACGUGUCCAGAGGAGGCCUUUUGACCAGAAAGCCAUUAUGCAGUACUCCAACACGUAGAAUCAAAGACAAAGAAAGCUCCUUGGAUACCGGUACUGAGCUGUCAGAGAUUGAUGCGAGGCUGCAGGCGCUUCAGGAAUACAUGAGGGACUUGGAUACGGGACACUAACCUGCUGCUGACGCCACACGUGGAUCUGUUACCUGAUAACUGCACAGCGCGGACAUCAGAUUUAAGGAACACAUCUAGAGUGAAACAAAUGUGACGGGGAAACGUGUUGGUGGAAGAAACUAAAACUCCCCCUCCGGAGGCUCAGACCUCCAGGACUUCAGGAAACUACAGCCAUCACUGUGAAGGUCAUUGGACUAUUUUUUUGUGGACUAGAAUUAUUAUUUUUUUAAUGUUCCACAUUUAUAAUAAUUAACUUAAAACAUGAUUGUGUCUGAAUAUAAUGUUAUUUCUUUUUUUUUUUUUAAAUCUGGUGCAUACAGAUACAUCAAAUUUGGCAGUACCUCAGUCACUCAGUAUUUUAUUUUCAUUCUUAAAAUGCUUGUUGAAGGUUUUUCUUUUGUUUUUAAAAAAUAUCUAUUCGAGUCCAGUCAUGGUUAUAAAAAGCACAUUUCAGCGUGGGGAAGCAAAUGGGUCAUUUAAAUUCAUGUCUAGUGACAUUUUCCACAAUGAAAACUAAUCAAAUUGCUGAUUAGUUUAUGAUCCUCAGUUAAUUAUCUGGUUUUUAAUGCCCCCAGUUCCCAUGGUGACGUCUUGCAAAAACGUCCACGGGUAUACAUGUUAUUGUGGGAUCCACAUCUUAACCAAAGACUGUUAAACUUGUGAUGGACUGUUGUUUCUUCUGCCCAGUGCAUGCUGGGACGCACUCCAGCUCUGACUGCAUGCAUGUAACCAUGUGGUGAAAUGUCACUCCUGCCAAAUCUUCAUUUUACAUCCUAAUGUUCUCUUUCCUGCUUGACUGUGAGCAUUAGCAGCGCAUCUUAAGCAUGAUAGCUGACACCAUAACACAACCUUUAAUAGCUGAUCCACAUAGUGCAUUACAGGUUAGCAUUUUCUACUCUUAAAACUUCACGUCCUCUUGAGGGAAUCCCCAAACAGAAGCGUUAUUCUUGGAUAUUCGUGUAAUAAUUCUCACCAAUACUUUUUGACAGACUGUGAAUAUUACUUAAAAAUUUGUUUACACAGAUCCAUGCCACUGUUACGAUGAUCGUGCAUGCGAGUGUAUGAACGCUGACUUUUUCGUGAUAGUGAAACUGCCAAAUUUUUUUAUGAAACUUUUCAUUUUAUUGCUUAUUUUUACAAGAACAGUGCACAACUAAAAGUGACUGCACCGGUUACAUAGCAGCUAAUUGACUCCUCUUUUCCCAGGGUUCUGUGUGUGUGUGUGCGCUCAGACUGUUACUAGAAUUUGUUCCCGUCUAAUGCCUUUUAUACCACCCAAAUAUAUAAUUUAUUAGAAAUACA